AUGCUUAAAUUCAGGUGGCAGGGAGGAAGGAUUACUAAGAUCUUUGUCACACACCUUCAUGGAGACCAUUUCUUUGGCCUCCCUGGGCUUUUGUGUACAAUCAGCCUCCAAAGUAGCCCCGACGCGCAGAGGCUUCCGGUGGAGAUUUAUGGGCCGCUUGGGCUGAAGAGCUUCCUCUGGAGGGCGAUGGAGCUUUCCCACUCCCAACUCAACUUCCCUUAUGCUGUCUACGAACUGGUGCCCACGCCAGACCAGUGUCCUGGAGAGGAGUGGAAAGAGCUGUCCUUUACGGAUGGAGAUAGGGCCUUGUCUAAAGAGAUACAAGGAAAAACUAUUUACCUGGAUCCCGCGGAAGACUCAUACACCUUGGUAGAAAAUGGACAGUUUGUGGUGAAGGCUUUCAGGUUGUUUCAUCGCAUACCUUCUUUUGGAUUUGUGGUGGAAGAGAAGCCACGAACUGGCAGACUCAAUGCCCGAAAGCUGAAGGAACUAGGAGUUCAGCCCGGUCCACUAUACGGUAAGCUGAAAGAAGGUAUUACAGUGGCUCUAGAAGAUGGAACCGUGAUCUCACCUUCAGACGUCUUAGAAGAACCUCUUCCAGGAAGAAAAGUUUGUAUUUUUGGAGAUUGUUCCGGGAUUGUCGGAGAGGGUGCAGUGUCUCUAUGUUAUGGAGCGGAUCUCUUGGUUCACGAGGCUACGCUAGAUGAUAGCCAGGAGGAUAAAGCCAAAGAGCGUGGCCACAGCACUCCAAAAAUGGCAGCCACGUUUGCACAACAAUGCAAGGUUAAGAGGCUGGUUCUCUCUCAUUUUAGUCAAAGGUAUAAACCAGCCAGUCAGAUGGGUGAAGGAGAUCUGGAUAUCACAGAACUGAAGAAGCAAGCUGAGGUAGUGUUGGAUGGGCAAGAGGUACUACUGGCCGAAGAUUUUAUGACCAUAGGCAUUCCAAUUAAAAAAAACAAGAUAGCGUCAACCUAACUAUAAAGAAAGAAGACAACAGUUUAGUGAUAGACGGAGCCUAAGACUCUUGGUUUCCUAAGGAGCUCAAUCAAGCCCUAAUUGGAAGGAAUUGAUUGGUUGAGGAACCACUGGGCAGACACAGGAAUAUCUUAUUUUAGCAUUCCAUUUUGCUUUGUACAGUACACAUGAAUUGCGCAUUAUGUAUUUAACUAGCAGUUGAAAAAUUGCUUGAAUUCAGCCUGUGAUGUUGUGCUAGCUUUCUUGGGAGGAAACCCCAUUGAAAUAAGCAAGGGUUUUACAUGAAUGUGUCCAAAUUGGGCUGUUUACACUCUGUUAAGGGUUUUGGCUUGUUAAUGCUAAGAGUAUAUUAAUAAUUAUGCCAGAGUUUUAAACAAAACCAUUCUCACCAUAAUUACAUUUGAACUAUUCACAUUUUUAGCUCCAUAAGGGAUGCCAUGGCCUCAUGUUGAAUGUGCAAAUAAAGGAUUUCAAUUUAUGUCAA